AUGUCUGUACAAAGUGUUGCUCUGGCAUCUCUCACGGCCACCUAUACCGACUCGGAGGGCGAAGACGGGGUGGAAGACGACCUUCAGGAGAAUUCGAACACUCCCCAGGGGGCCGCCCCGCAUAAUGCCCAAGUCGGUCAGCCCCAGGCUUUCACCAGUCCCAAAUCUGGCACAUCAGCCUCAAAUAGUCCCGUUGUUGCUCCCAACGUCGGUGGCAAGUCUAGUAACGAUUUGUCGAACGCGCCCACCUUAGUAACAGAUGUGAUAUCUAAGGUGCAGAGAUUGGUUUCAUAUUUUGACGAUACGAUAGUCUCCGACGACGAGGGAGUGGUACAAACGCAGAUCGAUGGACAGCCUUUUGAAAAUGGAAGGCUGCCCUCCUCGAUCGUGGAACGCUCUCCCUCUUGUCAAGGAGAACAGCAGUUAGUUUCAGAUAGCGAGGUGGAUCCCUAUGGCGUUGUUAUACCACCGGAGCCACCGGGCCAGUGUCCCGUGGAACUACAAGAAAAGAUAACGAAACUUUUUAGGAAAAUGGAGAGCGGCGGUCUAGACAUGAACAAAGUCAUACAACAAAGGAAGGAUUUCAGAAAUCCAUCUAUUUAUGAAAAACUCAUUCAAUUUUGUAGCAUCAACGAAUUGGGUACUAAUUAUCCUCCAGACAGAUUCGAUCCGUUCAAGUGGGGUAAAGAUUCCUAUUACGAGGAGCUUGCCAAAGUCCAAAAGGCAAAAAUGGACAAACUCGAGAAGGCUAGGAAGGAGAAAACGAAAAUCGAAAUUGUUUCCGGUACUGCCAAGCGGCCCAAUAAUUCGAACGUAACGGAGGACGAUGCCAAAAAGAGAAAAAGCAAAUGGGAUCAAGUUGCGACCGGAACUACUGCCUCGAUAAAGCCAACCGUGCUGUUGUCUCAACCGACUCUUACCACUUUAACAUCAUCCGCAACUGGCACCAAAGCAACGGUAAUAUCUGCUUUUGGAUCUUUACCAAAGAAAAGACUGUAA